AAAUCCGAAGAGUGGGAGAAAUGGGGAUUAAGGAUGUCCCAGAAGUGAUAGAAACGAAUUCGGAAGCUGCACUCAAUGGACAUGUUCACAAUCUAUCAAGCAUAAAUUUAUACGAGAAUGAAGAUAAUUGGGAUAAAAUUGAGCAUUCCAUUAAGUUAUUAUUAGCAAUAACCAAAGGUGGCGCGUAUAAGUAUGAUAAAUAUUUCGAAAUAUUACGUACACAUUCGGAUGGUUUAGUUAGGGCACUCAAUAGUGAUAGAUCGCGACUUAUGAGCUGCGCUGUAGAUACAUUAGCAGGUAUAGCCCCUCGUCUUGGUCAUAAAUUCGAUCACUUUACUUUUACUUUCAUACCUACAUUAAUCAAGUUAACUUCAAAAAGCACGAAAAUAUAUGUCGUUAAAGCUAAAAAGGCUCUAAUUACUAUUAUUUCUACGACGCGAUUAGGUUCAAUAUUAGGUCAUUUGAGGAAUGGUAGUGAUGAUAAAGCUCAAACGAUGCGUUUAGCUGUAGUAGAAGCACUUUACACUGCUAUGGAAGUUUACGAUGUUGCUGUACUUCGUAGUCGGAUUGCUGAUAUUGAAACUGUAAUGAAGGGUGGCGCGACAGACUCAAAUGCGGAUGUCAGAGCAGUCUCAAAGAAGAUCUUUGGAAUGUAUACUGAGAAGUUUGACGAGAGAGUUGAUCAAUUCACAGAUCCUCUGACACCUACUAUAAGAAAGUACUUACAGAUUGCACCACGAAAUGCAAAUGCGAUGAACGCCAAAAAGGCGGCACCGAUGCGACCACUUCGUGAAAAAAUUGAGAAAGUCGAGAAAGUUGAGAAAAAUGGCGAAGAAAGACCACUGUCAAGCAGUACAGGUGGGCCGUUACGUCCACCCCAUGUCAGCUCUAGUAUAAACACAAACAAUAACCAUGAUGCUGGUGCUGUAAGAUUUUCGAAAUCGACAUCAGCAGCUACGCAUUCUCAGACUGCACCAUCACGAUCAUUAUCUUCCUCCACCCAUGAACAACAUCAGCCAGGACCAUCGAGAGCCGUCAGUCAAAAACCAGCCGAGAGACCGCGAAGCACUACGCCAACAAAUACAGCGCCAAAUACAGGUACGGGCGCACGAAGACCCUUGUCAAAGACCUCUGCCUCUAGUGGUGCAGGUGGUGCGAGACGGCCAGCUGCUGGUGUCGGCUUGUCGAGGCGAGUUGAGAAGCCAAACGAGGCCUCUACACCUUCAGCAGCAGGCUAUACACGUUUUGCUGUCAAACCUCUACCUAACAAAGAUUCGACUGAUAAGUCAACUGGCAGAACGAUGGCUGCAGGUGUUAGAGCCAAAAUACUCAACAUACAAGAGCGUAAUACAAUCAAAAGGAAAGGAAGUGAUAAUAAUGUGGAUAAAGAGAACGAAGAAUCCAAUGAUAAUGGAAAAGGAAACGACGAAGCUCAAGAUAAGACAUCCCAGUCGAGAGAAAGUGAUGAUAACUCAACUGUGAAGACUAGACCUACCACUACAAAAGUGUUGACUCAGAAUAAAAAUAAAAGGAAUGAAAAGACUACAAACGCACCUACGAAAGUUGUAGAAAGGAAGCGCGUUGUAUCAUCAAAGCAAAACAAUCUAAAACAACCUGUAAAAAAGACGGAGGAUCCACCAAAAGUCCCAAGCAAUAAGCCGCCACGUAUAACUAAACCGCCAGUACCAAAGUUCAUCCCAGUCAAAAAGAAAUCACCGCCAAAACCACCUACAGAAGUAGCUGAGAAAGCUAAAGAUAUACCUCUGCCACAAGCUGAUGAUGAAGAACUCGCGUCUUUAUUUGCAGGUCUCACUGUCACAACUGAAGAGUGA